AUGGACAAGAUCGGCAUGACGCUCUCUGCCGGGGUCUGGGGCUGGGUGCUGCAGAAGGUGCCCUGCAAGGUCCUACUCUCCGCAGGCUUGCUGGUGAACACCAUCUCUGUGGCCAUUUUUGCGGUGACGCAGAACAUCUACCUCAUGUACGCCACGAAGAUGUUGAUCGGACUCACGGAGGGCCUGCAAUGGGUCUGGGCCCCCUUGUGGGUCGCCAAGUGGGCGGACGAAGCCUCCCUGCCUCUGUGGAUCAACCUCUCCGGCUGCGUCUCUGCCGGGGUCGGCAACGGCGUCGGCACCCUGCUGGCGGGCUUCAGCACCGCCCACGGCCUGCCCUACGCCACCGCCUUCCAGUUCGAGGCGGCAGUUCUGGGCCUGCUGCUGGCGGUGAUUCUCUUCGUGCCUGCCGGUGCUCUCAAGAUCAGCAGUGCCGUGGAACGGGAGAAGGUAAAGGAAGAGAUCUUGGACUCCGACCGACGCAUUCGCUCCAUGUCGGACGACAUCUCCAACCUGGAGGGCGCGAAGGUGACGCGUCCGCGGGUUCGCUCCGGCAGCUUCUUGCACCCGGUGGUGCCCACCAAGGAUAUGUCCGUGGGUCAGCAGGUGCAGGAGCUGUGGCAGAACAAGCUCUUCUGCCGCGCCACCAUGGCCUUCGCCUCGGCCAACUACAUCAACGCGGGCCUGGCUUUUCUGUGGAUCCGUCUCUUCAUGGCCUUGUGGGGCAUGGAAAAGCAGCUGGCUGUGGUGAGCUUUCUUGUGAUCACCGGGGUAGGCGGGGCCAUCGGCAUCUCCAUCAGCAGCUCGGUGAAGGAGGGCUCCAACGCCCAGGUGACGCUGGGCUUCCUGCAGAAAGCCCUCUACGUGUCCUGCCUUGGAGCCGCCAUGAUGGUUGCAGGCCUGCUGCUGCAGCUGCUGUGUGGCCGGGACUACUUCUACCUCUUCCUGACCUUGGCCUGGUCGGGGGUGAUCCUGCUAUGCACGGGCAUCGGUAGCACCACCGGCCUCAUCCAGAUCGUGUGCAACAACUCGGUGGAGGAGGAGGAGCUCCGAAGCUUCGGCGUGGGACUGGCGCAGGGCACCAACAACUUGUUCGGCAUGUCCUUCGGGCCCUUGCUCCCGCAGAUGGUGAUGGACCUGCUCACGGUGUCCUUCGCCUUGAGCCCGGACCAAGCACUCUUCGCAGGGGCUGUGAGCGUGGCAGCAGUGACCUUCGCAGUGCUCGGGUGCGUGACGGCAGCCCUCGAGAUCUUGCCGGCGCAGUGUGCCACGCCGAAAGCGGGCGAACAGGCGCUGCCCAGCAUCGUCGAGGACGCAGCUGACCAACCACUGAUCCAUUCCUGGUGCUGCAACUACGAGCCUGUGCCGACGAGUGCGUGA